UUUACAUCAUUAGUUUACACUGUAAAAAAAACAUGUACCCAGUGACGUUAGAACGAGGUCAUGCAUACGAUGUAGCGUUAUAUGCAUGAAUCUGGAAUUUGCAGGUGUUGUUAUGGUUAUGAACGAAUAUGUUCACCAAAUACAAUUUACAAACCUAAGCAGUUGCCAGUUUUGAUUAUUGAUGUUAUAAUAAUGUGAUACACUGUCAGUACUGUCACUGAUAAUCACAAUGUCGAGAAAAUCGGGCAAAGACCAAGAAUUGGAUUUAAGUCUCACGGGCUCAUCCAUUUCUUUGGUAUCCGAUUUUGGCGGUCGAGGAAGCAGUACAUCUAGCAGUUGCAGUAAUGUAACACCUCUUCAACGGCCCUCAUCAAAUCCGAUGCGUUCUGGAAGAAUUGGAAGCCGGGUAUUGGUACAGAAAUCAAAAAGCCAACCUCAUGUCAAUAUUCCUUUAGUGGAAAUAGACAGAAGAAGAAGAAGUACUGGCGUGACCAAUAAAUGCUCGCCUAAGAAAUUGUCUCCCAGAAACAGGACCGGCAGUGUCUCCAAGAUUCGGAAGGCAUCACCAGAGAGAAAUCUUACCAGCAAACCAACAAAGCCUUACAAACCAACUGUAAUCCCAUUGAAAUCAACAGCAGGGCCUAGACGUGGUAAUAAGGUGUCACAUAACUUACACGCAGACUUGAUCGGACUUGCCGAAGGUGGAGUUAUAAAAGAUGAUGUCUCUUGUGGCAGCAGCAUUGCUCAUCAGGGCAAUUGCUGGGACAGCUCGAGAAGCAUCACAGUCUCCCCGCCAGCCAAUGGCAGCCCAUCUACGAGAGACUUCAACGACGACUCACUGUCAGAUGUUGCAAAUGGUUUUUGGACGACUUGGGAUGAUCUCAAUUCAAAGCUUGAUGCUUUAGCCGAUACGCUAUCAAGCGAGGACAACGUGAGAAAUGCGUCAGGCAACCCACUCGAACUCGUCGAUAACGUCAGUGCAGGUGGUGCCUUAUUAAAGCACGUAACACAGUGCGAUGAUGGUUUAUACAGCGAUGGUGUCCUUGCCAUGAAGAGUUCAUCCCCUAAUAGGCAACAUGGAGACAAAAUCACAGACGAUGCUAUUAAACAAAGUCACGAAAAUCUCAGGAAUCUCCUAACGAGAAAAAGAGAAGCAAAGGAAAAGGAACGUGAGGAAGAACAGGCCAAUAACCAGAAUCGACUGGAGCAAAACAAGGAGAAAUCUCAGAGGAUGGCACAUGAGACAAAGAAGAAGCAAUCGGUAACGAUGAAGGAAUAUCAAAGAAAGAAACAAAUGGAGGAAGCAGAAGAGGCUAAGAGAAAGGCUGAGGAGGAGCUUGAUUUUCUCGUGCAAUCGGGCAAAGUCAGUAGACUUGCGUCAGGGAAAAGUCAGGAAAACCCGCAAAAGGGGAGAGUUCCACCCAACCGCGUGGAAAGUGGUGACUGCAUAGCUUCUAGCGAAGGAGCAAGAACUCACAAGUCGAGACCCGUUUCUCAACAAGACGCUUAUACAAGAAGCGGCCUUGUCCCGGGCCAUGCAAGUUAUGAGGUUAUGAAUCGUGAUAGUCGUAAUAUCACAGCAGAAAAUGUUGGUGAUUUUACAACAGGCAGCGAUCGUGGCACCUCAACCAUACGCAGAGAUCAUAUCACAGCAGAAGUUGAUCAGGAUGUUGCGGCAAAACGCAGUGACCACAUUACAGCCAAAGACGGUCAUCAUAUCACAGGCAUGGAUGGUGAUGUCACCACACCUAAAAAUACUCGCGACAUCACAGGCGGCAGCGGCAGUGUCACAGCUACGGACCGUUAUGACGUCACGGCCACAGACCGUGAUAACGUCACAGCCACUGAUCGUUAUGACGUCACGGCUGCGGACCAUGAUAAUGUCACAGCCACAAACCGUGAUGAUGUCACGGCCGCGGACCGUGAUGAUGUCACAGCCAUGGACCGAGAUGAUGUCAUAGCCAUGGACCAUGAUGAUGUCAUAGCCACGGACCGUGAUGAUGUCAUAGCCACGGACCGUGAUGAUGUCACGGCCGCGAAGACUCGUGAUUGCACAGAAAUUGGCGGCGGCGGUGUCGCAGCGGAAGCCAGCAAAUUCGACGACAUCCUUGCUACGCUGCGAGAACUGGAGAAGGAAGCAGACCUGGGCGAGCUGUCACGAAUAAAUGGUGCAAUGGAGAAGAGCGAGCAUCGUGUUCCGUUGGAGGAUAGCUAUGCUGGAAAGAGUGGAGCCUCAACACCAUCAGUUAACAAGCUCCUGACUGAAGAUAAGCUAAGGAACAUAAUGCAUUUCCUGGAUGAAGUAGAAAGGACGGACGAUGAAACUAUAAGUCAGUUAAAUCAGAACGAUGGUGCGGAUGGGGAAGGUCUCGAAUCGGCAGCAAUAGCAGCGUCAGAGGUGACACAUACCGUCCUGCAGCAGAAAUUACAGCUACAAGAUAAGCAACGGUCCGUGCAGGCAUUGCACAAGGCAUUGCAACAACAGAGGGAGCUAACCGUCAGGCAUGCAAAGGAUGCAGAUCGAGAAAUGAAGCAGAGGUUGCACCUGCAGAAAGAGGAGUAUGAAGCAGCUAUAAGAAGGCAUCUUGGUUUUAUUGACCAGUUGAUUGGAGACAAGAAGAUGCUGGCAGAGAAGUGUGAACAGGUGGUGAAGGAGCUGAAAUCCGUAGAGAAGAAGUACAUAGACAAAAUCCGACAGAUGCAAGAAAGCCACAUGUUGGAGCUGCAGAAAGUGAAAGAGAUGCAUGCUGCAGCAGAAAAGCUGAGAAGAGAAAAGUGGAUAACUGAAAAAACCAAAAAAAUCAAGGAGAUGACAGUGCGAGGUCUGGAGCCGGAGAUCCAGCGUCUGAUCGCGCGUCACAAGGCCGAGGUGAAGCGACUCGACGCGGUGCACGCCGCCGAGCUGCUGGCUGCGGAGGAGAAGGCGAGUCAGCGCUUCGUGCAGCAGGUCGAGGAGCUACGCGAGCAGUGCGCGCGAGAGAAGGAAGCCGCGUGCGCGCACGAGCGCGAGUUCGCCCGCCAGAGGUACGAAAAACAAGUGGAGCAGGAAGAAGAGGCGUACCAGCAGCAGCGGCGCCACCUGUAUGCGGAAGUGCAGGCGGAGAAGGACAGGCAGGCGGAGCAGGCGCUGCGUCAACAAGAGGAGAUAGAGAAGCUGCAGCGGGGCAUCGAGGAGAGCAGCAGAUACGUCAUCGACCGACUGAAGGAGGAGUUUGACAAGGACAAAAUGGAGUGGAGCGUCAAGCACAACGCAGAGGUCGCGCAGCUGCGAGAGAGGCUCGCCGUCGAGAAGGAAGCCUGGCAGGAGAACCACGCGAAGAAGCAGGAGCUGCUGCUCGCCGGCCGGCAGCAGGAGCUUGGCGAGAGGAUGCGGCGGGAGCGGGACCGCGCGAUCGAGACGGUGAUCGAGCGGCUGGAGAGGGACAGCACGGCGGGCCGCGAGGAGAGCGAGAAGGCGAUGCAGAACAGAAUCAAACGGAUCCGAGACAAGUAUGAAUCUGAGAUGAAGGAACUGGAGAUUAUUGAGAGGGAUACCGUAGAGAAAUACAACCACAUGAAGGGUCGGCUGACCGAGGUAGAGGGAGAGAAUGCCACACUUGUUGCACAUCUGAAACAGAAGGAGAAGGCCAAAGAAGAAAUGCAAAAGGAGCUCUCUCAGCUGACAGCCGAGCGAGAGAGGAUGCGCGAUGUCGUGCGGCAAGAGUUUGCCGACCGCAUCGUCGCCACGGAGGAGGAGAGCCGGCGGGGGAAGCAGGAGCUGGCGGAGGCGCGCGCCAGAGGGCGCCACGAGCUGGAGCGGACGCGCGCCGAGGCGAGCGAGGCCGUGCGCGCAAAGGAGGCCGAGAUGGAGGAGGUGCACAAGAGGGUCAAGCAGGCCAUCGUGAAGAAGGAGGAGACACUGAGUCAGAUCAGACAGCAGUACCAGGCUGCGGUGAGGAGAGCCGACCACCUGGAAGGGCUGCUAGACCAGCAGCGCAAGCAGCUACUUGGUAUUGCCAAAUAGGUGGGAGCACCGUGCAAUACUGCCAAAGAUCAUUGUUCUUUGGUACUGCCAGGAGUGGCCAUUUUUCUGAGCAUUUAGGUAUAACCUUCUCCUUAGAAGGGCACAAUUGUAGGAACGCCAGAAGUUGUGUCAGUGUUUGUAGGAGUAGGGAGGAGGUGGGCUAAAGGGGAACUUGCUAAGGGCAAGAUAAAAGUGGUUUACUUGUCUCGUGUCCUGAUAACACUAUUGAGUGCUAAAAUGUUUAUUUACCCAAAGCUGUAUUACAUUUUCCGUCCAAUAUGUAAUUAUUCCAUGUCAUAUACUGUAUUUAACUCUUAUUUUGGUAUUAUAUAUUUUAUGUUAUCUGACUUUAUUUUAUAUUAUAUUUCGGAUUAGGCCAAAUAAAAAUAUAUUGUCAUUUUCCCGUCCCCAACUAAGAAGUUUGACUUGUCAGAAUUGACACUCGGUUUAUUAUGAUUGUUUCUGGGUAACAGUGGGAUCGAAAGAGUACAUAUUUAGAACGUAUUUUUUGUUCUAUGUAAAAGAAUGUAUGUAUUUCCUUAUUACACAUUCCGUUUAUUGACCCGUGCAAACCUGCUAUGAUAAAAAAAACACCUGCCAAUCUCUUUUUUAAACAUGUUUAUUUAAGACACAUAAUAUCACCUUCGCAGUUCGCAUGUAAGUGGUGCGGUUGGUAUGGACCAAGACCUUUAUGGUUAGACGAUAUCUUAAACAAGAUACCUACAGCUUUACAGUAAUUUGUUUUAUUGUAAUUGUUUUUUUUAUAGUGAAUAUGUGUUUAUCUUUAUCAAUAGCUGAUAAUCAGUGUACUUCUUAUUGGACCUUUGAAAUUCUUAGAGAGCAACAAAAAUAUUUGAUUUAAGAGGUAGUAUUAAUGUAUCAAAUUCAUUUAAUUUUCUUUGAGUGCCAGAAAUUCGAUCGUAUUUGCUGUGAUGAUAACUUUAUCAGUAUAUUUUCAAUGCAAGCUGUUGCUGGUUCUUAGAAAAUUAAACGUUCGAAACGUUUAUAACAUACAUUCCGUGUUUGCAGUGCAAUAAAUGUUGAUUGAUAUUAUAUAAUUUA